GACAUAUAGAUAUUAUAUAUAUAUAUUUGUAUUCAUUUUUGUGGAGUGAAGGCGAUGCCUAUAUCCGCCUUUCCCCAUUGUCAUCUCCUGUUUUGAUCCUUAAUACCCACGGACAACUGCACCUGCAGGAUCUAUUGGGUGUGUUUGUGUGUGUGUGUGCUUGUGUCAGACCUGGGUCAAAUACAUAACUGUUUUGGAUUCAAAUACUUUUUUGUGCUUGAUUGAUCUUGCCUUGUACUAUUCAGAGAAGGCAGGAUUUGUUUUUUGAGAGUAUUUCAUAGAUUCCAAUACACUAGACAAGCUCAGCAAAAUGUAGAAAAGUAUUUGGAUCCAAAACCAUUACAUAUUUGAUCCAGGGCUGGUGGACAACUGGCUAUGCUGUACGAAUUACAGCCAUGAUGUACUGACCAGUCACUAUUGACCAUUUAUGGUGUGAGGUUACGAAUAUGUGAUUUAGAAUGUUCUUAACUGAACACUCUAACGCUGCUGUCACAAUCAACGGAGUUCUAGAACACUGACUUAGAAUUUCAAAGAAGAAGAGAAACAUUCCGGAACACCUACUCUUCAAAGGGAUGAUGGUGAUGAUGAUGCUGAUGAUGUAAAUCUAAAAUAAAUAUAAUAAAUGAAAAAAUGAAUAAAAGGAUAAAUGAAUAAAUGAAUAAGUGAAUAUUUUUUUUAAAUAAAUAAUUCAUAAUAAAAUAAAUAUUAAUUUAAAAAAUAAGUAAUAAUAGAAGUUCAUUAAAAUAAAUUAUGACAAUAAAUGCCAAUGAAUAAAAUGAAUGAAAAUAUAAAAUUUGGCUCCUUUCCUGUGUCCCAGGGGGCCCUGAACCUGCACCAGGAGGAGCAGGUGGAGGAGUUUCUGCUGCAGACGCCCAUCCUGCCCUCCUCCCCGGAGAAGCGGGUUCUCCUGGUGUUCCACUGCAAGUUCUCCUCGGAGCGGGGGCCGAGGAUGUGCCGCUUCGUGCGUGAGCGCGACCGCGUGCUGAACGAGUACCCCAACCUGCACUACCCCGAGCUCUACGUCCUCAAGGGCGGCUACAAGGAGUUCUUCCCCCUCUUCCAGAGGACCACAAGGACUUUAAGGAGGACCUGUGCAAGUUCCGUCUCAAGAGCCGCACCUGGGCCGGCGAACGCAGCAAGAGAGACCUCUACAGCCGCCUGAAGAAGCUCUGAGAUCCUACACCUUUACCAGGACCCCCGAUCUCUAUAACCACCUAAAAAAGCUCCUUGCCCCUCCUCUGCCACUAUGAACUCUCCACCCACCCACUCCCCCGUUCACUUCUGCAGUCUCGUCUUACUUUUAUUUUCUCCAAUUUCUUGUGGAAACCCAAACCUUUGAUUCUGUGCCUGGAUAGACCAUGCUUAGGGGUUUAAUCACAUUGCUAGUCAGCUGAAACCCACAUUGGACAGCUUUUUCAAAUUGGUCCAAUAUUAAGUUAAGUUUUUUUUUGUGUUGUUGCCCCCAGUUAUUUUAUACUUGUUUGAGCGUGUGAAUCUGAGUUUAACUGCCUUAUUUCAACAUGGCUUCAAAAUAAACAUGGGAAGUUUAA